UAUUUCAAUACACCGGAUUGGGGUUAUUUUGUCAAAGACAGAAGGCGAUACAUGUUCCGCUCUCUGGAUGAAAUGAAAACAGUACCGGCCGCAUCAAGAGCUGGAGGAGUUUUUACACGUCUGAAAACAAUGAACCAGAAGAAAGACAAUGUGACAGAGGCAGAUGAGAGGAGGGAGUGUAUUGAGCUGCUGAAGGCGAUGCUCCAGUGGGAUGAGAAGGACAGGAUCACCCCCAGAGAUAUCCUCAACCAUCCUUUCAUCACCAAGAGCUACCUCAGCAGCCCCGCCGACCUCAAGCCAUGUGAUGAACCUGAACCCACCACCAGCCAGGACCACACAGAAUAUCAGACCGCAGUUGAAGACAGGUAGGUGUUAACUGAUCCUUUAGCAACAAAGAUGCAAGAGAUGGGGUCCUG